AAAAACUCAUAUUGUGUGUUACCCUCUAUACCUUUCAUAAACCAAUCAUCACGAUGCAUUUAUCGUCUUAACUCAAAUCUUUGGCAUUUUUCGAGGGAAGAUGACUCAAAGCUACUCGACGAGAUUACCAAGAGAAUUUCUGACAUGUUGUUAUUCUCUGCAACACCACCAAGUGAUAGCAUCAAUAACCAAUUUGGAUUUGAUGCACACAUGAAAGAGUUGUAUCCAUUGUUAGAAUUGACUUCUAAUGAAGGUGUGAGAGUGAUUGGAAUUUGGGCAAGAGGAGGUAAUGGAAGAUCAGCUCUAGCUAGAUAUGUUUAUCAAAAGAUCUUUAAGAAAUUCCAAAGUCAUUGUUUUCUCGAAAACGUCAAAGGGAUUCCUCACGAUUGUCAAAUGUCCAAUCUAAGAGACGAGUUUCUUAUCAGGAUUCAAGGAGGUUACUCGAAGAUGAAGACCUCAGGGUUGAUCAAAACAAGGCUCAUGAGUCAGAAUGUACUACUUGUGGCUAACAAUGUCGACAAACUCGAACAGUUAGAUGCUCUUUCAGAAGAUUUUAACUGUUUUGGUCCAGGUAGCCUAGUGAUCAUAACUACACAAGACAAACAACUUCUUCUUGCGUUUGGGAUAAAGGUUGUGUAUGAAGUUGAGUGCUUGAGAUGCUUUGAAGUUCGUCAACUGUUUCGUCAAAUCGGCUUUAGAGAGAGAGAUCUUUAUGUUGGUUCCGAGUUGUCUUCACCUAUAUCUGGGACUGAAUCUUCUUGAAUGGUAACUCUGUUUCUGGUCCUGGAAUAACCCUUAGAACCACUGUAUAAAGGUAAGCUUAUUAUAUCUAAGACUUAGGAUGAUUUAGCUUAGGAUUAGGGAUUGUUUGUUUAGUUACUGGUACAAAGAAGUAAAUCUCUACCAUUGAUCCAAUAACAAUUCAUGUACAAA